GUCUGCUCUCGCGGUACUUUGAUGUCAUACACUGAUGAUUCUGCGCAGUGCAGAAUGAUCACAGAGAGAGAGAGAUAGAUCAGCCAUGGCUAAUAUCGCUGUGCAGAGGAUCAAGCGAGAGUUCAAAGAAGUGCUGAAAAGCGAAGAGACAAGUAAAAAUCAAAUAAAAGUAGAUCUGGUGGAUGAAAACUUCACAGAGUUAAAGGGAGAAAUAGCAGGACCUCCAGACACACCGUAUGAAGGCGGCAGAUACCAGCUAGAAAUCAAGAUUCCCGAGACGUAUCCUUUUAACCCACCUAAGGUGCGGUUUAUUACUAAGAUCUGGCAUCCCAAUAUAAGUUCAGUUACCGGAGCGAUAUGUUUGGACAUUUUAAAAGACCAGUGGGCGGCUGCUAUGACUCUGCGAACAGUUCUGCUCUCACUUCAGGCUCUUUUAGCUGCAGCAGAGCCGGAUGAUCCUCAAGACGCUGUGGUAGCCAAUCAGUACAAGCAGAAUCCAGAAAUGUUUAAACAGACGGCUCGUCUCUGGUCUCACGUGUACGCUGGUGCUCCCGUGUCCAGUCCGGAGUACACGCGCAAAAUAGACAAACUCUGUGCUAUGGGCUUUGACAAAAAUGCAGUAAUAGUAGCCUUGUCCUCAAAAUCAUGGGACGUGGAGACUGCGACAGAGCUGCUUCUAAGCAACUGAUCCUCCAGCUCUCAUGUUUUCCUCAAGCCCUCCUGCUCUGUGUUCAGAAUCAAUGUUUGGGGAAGAGUCAGCACUGAAUCAUCUUCUGUCUGUCCCCCAUCACUUUUACUUUGAGUUUUUUGGCUGGCUACAAUCAUUUCCCCCUCUUAAAUUUAGGCUGUCACUUACUUUUUAAAGAAACCCAACAAAGCCUCUAUCACUGUCAUUUCAUGCUAAAAAA